UUCUUCUUCUCAUUGUGUUCGCUACAUAAACAGCUUUAUUGUGAGGAAAUAAAAGGAGAUAAACAAAAUACAUAAAUGGUGGCGAAAAACUCGAUCGAAUGCAACUCUUACAGUACUGAGCGCAAGUCUUUCGAAGAGACCAAGGUUCCUCCUAUCUUUGGCCUUCCUCCAGUUGCCUUAGACGACAAGAAACCUACCUCGGAUUUUGCAAUACCUGUCAUCGACUUUGCAGGCGUCCAUGUGUCACGUGAAGCCGUUGUGGAGAAGAUCAAAGACGCUGCAGAGAAGUGGGGAAUCUUCCAGGUGAUCAACCAUGGUGUUCCUUCAAGUGUUCUUGAAGAGAUUCAAAAUGGAGUUGUUAGGUUUCAUGAGGAAGAUCCUGAGGUUAAGAAAUCUUACUUCUCGCUUGACUUCACAAAAACUUUUAUCUACCACAAUAAUUUCGAACUGUACAGUUCGUCUGCUGGUAACUGGAGAGACUCUUUCGCUUGUUACAUGGCUCCUGAUCCUCCAAACCCUGAGGAUCUCCCAGUGGCUUGCAGGGAUGCUAUGAUCGGAUACUCAAAGCAUGUGAUGAACUUAGGUGGUUUGCUCUUUGAACUUCUCUCAGAAGCUCUUGGUUUGAGCUCUGAGGCCCUAAAGAGUAUGGGUUGCAUGAAGGGUUUGCAUAUGAUCUGCCAUUAUUACCCUCCAUGUCCACAACCUGACCUAACUUUAGGCACAAGUAAGCAUUCCGACAACACCUUUAUCACCAUUCUUCUUCAGGACAACAUUGGUGGUCUUCAAAUUCUUCAUCAAGACUGUUGGGUCGAUGUCUCGCCUCUUCCCGGGGCUCUUGUCAUCAACAUAGGAGAUUUCUUGCAGCUGAUGACGAACGACAAGUUCAUAAGCGUUGAACAUAGGGUGCUUGCAAAUAAAGUUGGACCGAGGAUUUCAAUCGCGUGCUUUUUCAGCUCGAGUAUGAAUCCAAAUUCCACAGUUUACGGACCAAUCAAAGAGCUUCUCUCUGAAGAAAACCCUCCAAAAUACAGAGACUUCACUGUACCAGAGUACUCAAAGGGAUACAUUGAGAAAGGUUUAGAUGGAACAUCGCAUCUGUCACAUUACAGGAUAUGAGAUUAAAAAAAAAAAAAACAGCUAGGUAAAAAUACCCUGUUUGAUGUAUUCAGAUAUAUUGUCUAUGGUCCGUCCUUUUCUUAUCGAUGUAAAGCUAGCACUCUGUUCUUGAGUCUGCAAUAACAAAACCAUUGUACCAAUGAUAAGAAACAAAUGGUGUGUCUGUGUGUGUGUGUGUGUAUGUGUUGAAACAUCUGUGCUUUAUAUUGGAUCUAUAGAUUCAAACUUUGUUUACUUA